AUGCGGUUCUCCUUCGCCAACUCCUUCACUGCCUUGUUGGCCCUUGGUUCCAGCGUCGCUGAGGCUGGUAGCUUCCGCAAUAAGAGAGAGCAAGCCGUGACCGUCACCCAGACGGUCACUGCCACCAGCUCUGAGCCUACCGCAUGGCAAUGGGAUGCCGGUGCGACCCGCGAGGUGCCCAUCCACCCGUCCUGCAAUGCCACCGAGCGGGCCCAGCUUAAGCGUGGCUUCGCGGAUGCUAUGAAGUACGCUCAGCACGCCAAGGACCACAUCCUGCGCUUCGGCAACAGCUCCGACCACUACGUCAAGUACUUUGGCAGCGCGCCUACCGCUGAGGCCGCUGGCUGGUAUGACAAGAUUGUCAACGGUGACAAGACUGGCCUGUGGUUCCGCUGCGACGAUAUUGAUGGCAACUGCAGCCAGGAUGGCUGGGCUGGUCACUGGCGUGGAUCCAACGCGACCAUGGAGACGGUCAUCUGCCCGCUCUCCUUCACCACCCGCAAGCCCAUCGAGGCCCUGUGCGCCUUUGGCUACGACGUCGCCAACGGCAAGCUCAACACCCAGUUCGGCAUCGACCUCAUCCACCGCCUCUUCCACGUGCCCACUAUUGGCGAGGGCGCCGCCGAGCACUACGCCGACACGUACGCCGAGUGCCUCCAGCUCGCAAUUGACAACCCGGCCGAGGCCGUCCGCAACACUCACUCCCUGCAGUACUUUGCUCUCGACGUCUACGCGUACGACAUUGCGCUGCCCGGCGAGGGCUGCGCCGGCGUCCUCAAGGAAGAAGCCAGCUCGACCGGAGCCGCCCCCGCCGUGCCGAGCGCGACUGCCACUGAGGCUCCCUCGCAGACGAGCGCUGCUCCUACUGAGUGCCACACCCAUGCCGAUGGUGUUGUGCACUGCUCUUGA